AUGCCUCGAACCUCGCCCCCCGCCUUCCCCGUCCGACCCAAGAAAAGAAACAGGAGACAUUCUAUCCGUCUCUUGUUCUUCUGCCCGUUAUUUGCUGUCUGUGUGUCAGCCCAGUCUCCUCAUUUUUAUUUAUUUUUUUGA